AUGGAGGUCCAAAAAAUAAUGACUGGAGUGCUCCUGUUGCUGUUGCUCUCAUGGGCUGUGACAGUGGCGGCCGACGUCGAUUGCACGACCGUGACAGGGUUCCUCACGGCUUGCUCUACAUUCAUCACCUAUGGCACACCAGACCCACUUCCAGGCUCACCAUGUUGUGAUUCCAUGAUGAGCCUCAAUGUGAUUGCUGAAUCUGGCAAUGAUAGGAGGUCUAUCUGUCAAUGCUUAAUGGGCCUCAUUACUACGUAUAAUCCUAAUGCUACAGCAAUUGCUACUCUGCCUGGCUUCUGCGGAUUAAGCCUUGGCUUCAUUCUGGAUCCUAAUACAGAUUGCUCCUCGUAA